AUGGACCACUUUCCAUUAAAUUUAGGAAAGCCUCAUCAUGAACUCGCUGAUCGACGCAAUAUAUUUCAAGUUGAUAUAAACCCUAGGAACGAAAGUUCAACAGAUCCAAUCACGAGAACUCAAAAACCUAUCGUAACGGGUACCUCAGUGAUCGCUCUGAAAUAUCAGGAUGGUGUAAUGCUAGCUGCAGAUAAUUUGGCAUCCUAUGGUUCUCUUGCCCGCUAUAAGGACGUCGAACGUCUUUAUCCAGUUGGUGAUUUCACAGUAAUUGGUGCGUCAGGUGAUUAUUCUGACUUCCAAUAUACAAAACAUCUUUUGGACGCUGAGAUGGUUAAAGAAUAUUACACAAAUGACGGCCAUGUUCUUGGAUCACCGCAUAUAUACGAAUAUUUAAGUCGAGUUAUGUACCAUAGACGAUCUCAAAUAAACCCUCUGUGGAAUGCUUAUGUUGUCGGUGGAUACCACAAUGGAGAAGGAUUUCUUGGCUAUGUUGAUUUACUAGGAACAACAUAUAAAUCUCCUAGUAUUGCCACGGGUUUCGGCGCUUAUUUGGCUCAACCCAUUCUUCGAAAGCUUGUUGAAGGUCAUGAAGACACUCUCUCAGAAGAAGAAGCCAUAGAUGCUAUUGAAACGUGCAUGAGAGUCUUAUUCUAUAGGGACGCAAGGAGUCUUAACAAGUUUCAACGUGCCAAAGUUACAGCUAAGGGUGGGAGUACGCGUCAGAUCAACUUAAGUGGAAUGAAAAUGACAGCGGUGAGAAGAUUUGUUAUCAAGGAUCCUUUGUUGGAUUCCCUGAUGGAAAAGGCCAGUUUGUCAUGUACAGACCCAAUAGGCGGUGGCAAACUGAGUUCACUACCUCCAAAUGUUCCAUGUUCGACCCAAUUGGCGGUGGACUUUGUCAUGUACAGACCCAAUAGGCGGUGGCAAACUGGGAAUGUGAACUUUGCUCAAAUCUACUCAUGUACAGACCCAAUAGGCGGUGAGAAGAUUUGUUAUCAAGGAUCCUUUGUUGGAUUCCCUGAUGGAAAAGGCCAGUUUGUCAUGUACAGACCCAAUAGGCGGUGGCAAACUGAGUUCACUACCUCCAAAUGUUCCAUGUUCGGCCCAAUUGGCGGUGGACGUUUGGCUUUUCUAUGUUCACUUCCUCUUUUCUAUGUUCACUUCCUCUUUUCUAUAUUCACUUCCUCUUUUCUAUAUUCACUUCCUCUUUUCUAUGUUCACUUCCUCCAAAUGUUCCAUGUUCGGCCCAAUUGGCGGUGGACGUUUGACUUUUCUAUAUCACUCCCACCCACACAGACUAUUGUUGAUACUUACCAAGACCGAUUCAAAAUUCUUGCUAAUAGCAAUGUUAGGAGGUAG